GGGAGGGGAGGAGGAGGGGGUAAGACGAUGCAGCAAGAAGACACAGAGUGAGAAACCUUUCUUACAGAGGACACAGGAACAACCACCAUGACAUCCUCCAAGAAGCAGCAGCUGCUUCAGAUCUUCCUGAUUCUCGUCUCCUGCGGACACAUCAGCACAAAGACAGCAAACCCGACGCCACCAACGCCGUUGUCCAACAAWCCUCUGAACAGCACGACCAAGUCCGCCAUCUUGAAAGAUGAGAAUCUCGCCGUGACAGUGGAACUGUCGGAUCCAGUCAAUAUGACUUUGAACUGUACCUGGACAGRUAAUCAGAACCAAGUGUCAAACAUAACAGGUCACUGGGAGAAAAAUGGACAAACUGUGGGCAGUCCUGUCACAGUGGAUCUGAUAAAUCAUCACUAUAACCUCUUAUAUACGUUCAUAAUCACCAGGGAGGAAGACCUCGGAAAUUACUCGUGUGUGUUUGGGAAUGAAGCAAGGGUAGAUUUUACUUUGACRGUCCCACAGAUGGACAACAAGCGAGACAAGCCUGUAGUUGGAUAUGUAAGAGAUUUGUUGUCGAUUGCAUGUAAAAUGGAAGAAGCCAAACCAAAGCCCAGCACCUUUUACUGGUUUAAGUCCAAUGGGACCGAUAAGGAGCAGAUCUUGGACGAUGAGCGUUAUAAAAUCACCAACGUUAAUCACACGACCAAGCUGACCAUGAAGAACCUGUCUCUGGCUGACUCCGGCUGGUACUACUGCAGCGCCGUGUACCCCAUCGGCACCUCGAUGAGCAAAGCGGAGCUGAAGGUAAUCACCCUCAUGGAGCCUCUGAAACCUUUCAUCGCCAUUCUGAUCGAGGUGGUCGUGUUGGUCGUCCUAAUUCUUCUUUAUGAGAGWAUGAGGGCGAAGAAAAACGAAGGAACGCAGACUAUUGCAGAGCAAAAGAACACAGAGCCACAAGAUGAAAAAGGARCAGAGGGAAGAACGUCAGUGAGACAGCGCAAAUCUUAAGACAGCUAAUCCCGAAAUCGAGAUUACAGCAAAGCAUAAGAAAAAUAAAUUGUUUCAAAAGCUCUGAAGCAACACGUUCACUCCUCUUCUCAAAGCUGCAAUAAUCUGCACCCAUUAACCCUCUUCUGACUGAAACACAAGUUUCCUGUUAAACCGUUUCACCCGUAAAUGUUUUUCUUGUUAGUUUUGACACGGUUAAAAGAGCAAAUCAUUUCCCUUCUGUCGUUCACUCUUUCUGAGGACAAACUGGAAAAAAAAAGUCAUGCUUGUUUCCUGUAUCGCUGUCAUGCUGAAUGUUUUUUUUUUUUUAUGGGCUUGAAAAGCCCACAUCCUCUACGUGUGUUUUGUGCCUUACACUUUCAGAGCAAUCAACUACGCACUGUGACAGCAGUGGCUUGUUUUUCUAAUUUAUAUUUGCACUAAUACAUGUCUAACAUGCUGUUUACCUAAAGCURUGUAUCUAUAUACUCUCUAUCCAGGUACUUGUAUCAUUUUGUGUCCAGAAACAGAAAUGUUUAAACCUAAAGGUGAUUUUUGUCUUCCACUGUGUACUUGAAAAAUCAAUAAAACUAGUUAUAGUAAAUGGGUUUUUGCAUUUUUAGCUACUUUUUGUAAUAAUUUAAAAUGCUAUUCGUAGAUUCAAAGGCUUAAUAUUUUUGAAGAUUUUGCCCUUAAUGCCAUCUUUUUUUUUUUUUGGCUGAAAGAAAAGAUAUAUGCUUGAUCUUAUUUCUCAGAAUGUGUUCUUUUAUCUAGUUUUAGCUCUCCA